AUGUCGAAAAAACGCAGGCAGGCGCCCAAGCCCUAUUGGAACCGGAUGUUUCAACGCUAUUCCCAACUCAUCCGGCACUCGCAGUACGAGAAGCCCUCUUGGCAGCGCCUCCUACUCCUGGAAAACCUCCGGAAAGCUCUAGGGGAUUUUAGAUCGCGUGGGCCGCUUCCAACGCAGAAAUGUCAACCAGUUUGGACGAGCAGAAAGGGACACAUUUCCUCUAGGACUCAAACUCGAAGGCUCUAUUUGCCGAAUAUAAAGAACGUUUCAAAAAUUACUGAAUUGGAAGACCGGAAAUCGUUUUCCUCCAACUAUAUCUGGUCUUCCGGUUCUGUGAUUUUAAGAACUAGGAAAAAAACACGAGUCAAAUCCUGGAAGUUGCGAAAGGUAUUGCAGUUGUCUAAAAACAAUACCUUUCUGCUUAUGAAAAGAAAAUCCCUCAAGCUAAGAAAAAAUCCUUACAAAAUAUCUUCAGGCGCCCUGCACUACAAAGCUUCUCCUAGGAUUCAUUAUUUGGCAAAGCCGAAGAAAAGGCAGAAGAGGAUGGAAUUCGCAAAGGUCCCAAGAAAGAAGUCAUCCCGCAAAGUAAGCUCGAAACGCCUGAGGAAUCUUGCCAAACCCAAGCUGCGUGAGGAUACUAGCAUCCGGAAGAACCCAUAUCAAAUUCCAGGUCGUGCCUUGCGCGCCAAGAUCACAUCACGAGUCCAGGAGUUGGCCAUUCCCAAGAUAUCUACCCAACGAGAAAUGACAGGGACUUGGAGAUUAUCUGAGGAGCAGCUCAGACAUUUCCAGAUCCCUGCAGUUAAUCGUUUGACGGAGGAUCAGUUCAGAUAUUUGCAGAUCCCUGAUAUCAAUCGUUUCAUGGAUUUUCAUUAA